CCCCGCCUGCCGCAAUGCGCAAACAAAAUCUCAGCGGCGCCCGUCGUCUCGGGCGGUCGGGGAGGAGGGGUAGGUAUAUAACGAUGCGAUGGCUGGGCAGGCAGACUUUCUCCCCAUUCAUUAUCAACAAGCAGCGCCUACACCAAAGGCUAGCAGUAGCAGUCACUCACCCUCGCUCGACCCCCCAUACACAUCAGCCAAAGUGUCGCCCGUCACCGCCCAAAUGUCGACCGCGUCCUCCGAGACGGCCCAAGGCGCCGUCGUGCUCCCCAACGGCGAGCCAGCAUCAAAGUACACGCUCAAGAAGCUCCCGUGGCGCCCCUACGUGACGCCGUUCGAGACCAUCCUCAACCACCCCUACAAGGGCAGCGGCACCGAGGAGGACCCCUACAUCAUCGACUGGCUCCCCGUCGACCCCGAGGACCCUCAGCGCUGGCCUGACGUCUACAAGUGGAGCCAGAUCGUGCUUGCGUCGUUCGCGACGCUCGCCGUCGCGCUCUCCUCGUCAGCAUACACCGGCGGUAUCCCGUCCCUCCUGCACGACUUUGGCGGCUCGCUGCGUUUCUGGACUGGCGGCGUCUCGCUCUUCGUUCUCGGCUUUGCCUUCGGCCCGCUCAUCUGGGCACCCACCUCCGAGGUCUGGGGCCGCCGCAUCAUCUACAUCAUCUCCUACAUCUUCCUCACGCUCUGGCAGGGUGUGGCCAUUGCGUCGCCUAACCGCGGCUCGAUCCUCGUCUUCCGCGGCCUCGCGGGCUUCUUCGGCUCGUCGCCCCUCGCCAACGCCGGCGGCACCAUCUCGGACAUUCUGAGUUCCAAGCAGAUGGGCCUCGGCAUGGCCCUCUUCUCCGUCGCGCCCUUCCUCGGCCCCGCGCUCGGCCCCAUCGCUGGCGGCUUCCUCGGCCAGGCCGCGGGAUGGAAGUGGGUCUUUGGCCUCCUCACCAUCUUCUGCUUCGUCGUCCUCCUCGCCAUCACGUUCACCGCCGCCGAGACUUACACGCCCCUGCUACUCCGUCAGCGCGCGACCACCCUCUCCAAGGCCACCGGCAAGGUCUACCGCUUCCGCGCCGACGCCGCCAAGCCGCUCGACGUCAAGGCCCUCUUCAUCGCCUCGCUCGCCCGUCCCUGGAAGUUCCUCUUCCUCGAGCCCAUCGUCCUCAUCUUCUCCAUCUACAUUGCCAUCAUCUACGGUAUCCUCUACCUCAACUUUGCCGCCUACCCCAUCGUCUUCUCGACCCCCAAGGCGGUCGGCGGCCGUGGCUGGAGCACCGGCAUCGAGGGCCUCGCCUUCCUCGGUAUCAUGGUCGGCGCGAUCCUUUCCGUCAUCAUCACCAUCUUUGUCUCCAACCCUCAGUACCUCCGCCGCGUCAAGGAGCGCGGCCACCCCGAGCCUGAGGACCGUCUCCCCCCAGCCAUGUGGGGUGGUAUCGCCAUCGUGAUCGGUCUCGCCGGCUUCGCCGCCACUGAUGGCCCCAAGGUCCACUGGAUCGCGCCCAUCAUCUUUGGUGUCCCCUUCGGCAUGGGCAUGGUCAUCCUCUUCCUCGCUGUCAUGGGCUACCUCGUCGACACGUACACCAUCUACGCCGCCUCGGUCCUUGCUGCCAACUCGGUCCUCCGUUCGCUCUUCGGUGCCGCCUUCCCCAUGUUCACCCACGACAUGUACGACAAGCUCGGCAUCCACUGGGCUGCUGCUCUCCCCGGCUUCCUCGCUUUCGCGUGUCUCCCCGCUCCCUUCCUGUUCUACAAGUACGGCAAGACCAUCCGCGCCAGGUGCAAGUACGCCUCCGAGGCCGCCGCCGUCUUUGCCCAGAUCAUGGCCGCCCGUGCGGCCGCGCUCGCUGGCGGCGCUACCGACCCCGAGAAGACCGCCGGCAUCGCCGCCUCCGAGACCGAGGAGGAGGGCUACGCCAACCCCGAGAUGUUCGACCUCGAGCGCACCAUGUCGAUGGAGGAGGAGCUCGGCAGCCCCCAGACUCGCCCCACCGAGCUCUACCACGCCACGAGCAACACGACGCAGCUCGCCCGCAGCAUGUCGCCUCGUUCGCCCUAAGCGACACGAGGACCCGGCGAGAGGCCGUCUCCAUCGCAUCCCACCACAUACACCACUUGCAUUUUAAUAGACUACAUAUUGCACAUGUAUAAUUGCAUGCCGAAGCAAUGCGGAGCGGAGCGUGUCGAGGUGGCUGUUGAGGGUUGUGCCGCUGUGGGCGAUGCCGAGGUGGAUGCGAGGUCGCCGAGGCGCGGCCGCCGAGAUGGGGCCCGUGGGGAUUGCGUCUCGAAAUAACAGUCGGGAGGAGGGCUACGACGCGACGUGCGAUGACGACGCGCGCGUCGAGGUCACGAGGUGGUGGAGGGCUUAUCGAAGCAGCCGAGCGCGUCGAGCAAGUCGGGCGAUAAGGCCAGAGGGCGCACUUGUUGGACACGCUACACCCCAGCAGUGUGCGCAAGCCGGGGCGUGAGCCCGCGCCAAGGAUCCUCGACAUAGCUCUCCUUCCACAGUCCGCCGCCGCUACCGCCGCCGCCGUGCCCACCACCACCAUGGCCACCGCGCUCUCC